AUGGCUGGAAAGAGAAACAGAAAGGCGAGACGGGCUGCGCAGGCCAAGCCAAAUAACCGGAUCGUGUGGAGCGACAAUGAUCGUCUCGAACUUCUAGCGUAUCUCAAUUGGUGCGUUCAAUACGGCAGGCAUUUCGAAGACACCGCCAUCGACUACCUAAGAAGUACUACAGGCAAAGAUUUCACACAGCGACAGAUUCGCGACAAACUGAGAAGGGAGUGGGACAAACGGGGAUUAUGCAAAAAGUUUGAUGAUAUGUUUUCGCUUGGAACAGCGGGCCUUCGACCGCUUGAAGGGGAAAAUAUCUAUCUUAUGCAAAUACUCUCUAGGAUGGACCCUCCGCAAGAAGCCCGUCGCCUACGCAGUCAAUCAGCAGCUAUUGCUACACGGUCACGUACACUGUCAGCAACCCGAGCCACCAGCCAAAGGGAGGCAUUAGCGCCAUCUUCACAGACUUCGACCCCAAAAAGAGUCCCAAAAAAGCCGGAGCUCAAAAGAAAGUCAAAUGCCCCUUUCGAGUCAGUACGGCAGGAUCCACAAGGUCAUCAGAGCGAAGAUGAGCUGGCAGGAGGAGAGAAUUUAUGUGACAUUAAAAGUGAGACCGACUCUGAACUGAGCUCGAUCCCUUCGCCUACGUCAUCAGAAAUAGAGUUCAAAUUCGGAGCCAAUUUCCCUGACUCUCAAGAGGAGGCGAUUUCAGAUACACCACCUGCUUCUACGCCCCCAUCGACACUGGCAAGGUUACGAAAGGCUGAGGUUGAGUUACUAAAACAGAAAGGAUGUGUGGCGACACUGAUGAACCAAGUAUCCGAACUGCAAAACGAAAUCAAUGAGUUAUUUGAGAUUCAAAGGACUCCGGUCGCGGAACAAAUGCAUUUAAGAAGAAAUAUAUCUAACCUCAAGCGCAAACUUGAGGCCCGGGACGAUCUUCUAGAUGGCUUCAGCGCGUUGGAGACUGACUGCCUUGCAUUUGCAAAUAUCUCCCUCAAGGAAGAGUGUUACGGCCUUAAUCAGAAUGUCCUUGAUACAGCUUCACAGAUAUGCGAAUUGGACCCAAAAGAGAAUCUACCCGAGCCAGGAUCCGAGUUUUCAGAGUUAUCCCAGAGCUGGGCCAGGCGACUGAUUGGGACUGAUAUGGAUGGCCUUCUUGCAUAUGCGCAGGAAGCAGAUAUCCCAAAGUCUGAGCUUUUAGGUUGUUUGUUGGCAGCAGGGUUCUUCGAGCUUGUCUUUGAGUCUGAUUUCCCAGAUAUAUUGGGUAUCGAAUCGCCACUUUUGCAGGAGUACCGAAGACUUCUAGCAACAUCAUGUGAGGCCAUUCUACGUUCCAUAUUGACUCUGACUAACCCCCUGAAAUCAGUCGAAGGCAAACUUUUGCAAAAGUUUGACCUGGUUGCAACAAAGUCGCUUCUUUGUAAAUCUGACCUUCGAAAACAUCUGAUGUCAGAAAAGACAAGUUCGCUGUGUGAUUUAGUACUACAGAGCCUAGAUUCUUUUAUCCCCCCUGGAGUUCACGAUAUAGCCAAUCGUUUGUCGACUGAUCGCUCGCCACGCGGUCUCUCUGAAGAAGAAGACAAAGUUGUUACAGAUCUAGAGAACGAUCUGUCCAGGGCGUUAAGUAUUAAGCUGGAGCUUAGGCUGUCGUUAAGAAGGUUUAAAUACUUUUUCUUCAAACCAGGCACUCCGUUUGAUCCAGAGAUGAUGGAAUGCGAUUUAUUGCAAUCUAGACCCCCGGCAGCGGAACUUAAUGGACUCAAGAUUUGUCUGUUUCCGGCUUUAUUCUCGAUUCCGGAAAGGACAGAGGAGACGCAGGAGGACAUGUGGAAGCAUUCGAGGGCCUCAUCUUAUGGGCAUUUAACAGAGGCGAAGUUUGGGGAACUCAAGUCGCUUGGUCUCAUUACAAAAGCCAGAGUUUUACUCUAA